GAGGACGCACGAAAAAACCGGCUAAGCAACAAGACAGUGGGAGCCAUGCAUCCGUCCAUCUCUCUCAGUUUGGAUGCAGGUUUGGAGUGUGGGGUUCCCGGGGGUCGUGACCUUUACACUUUUGUGACCUCCGCGGCAGGUCACAUGAUGAGGACCCUCCAAAAACCGCGAAAGAACCGUCCGUCCAAACGCCAAGUCAACCACCGGCGCUUUCUGCACAACAUGAUCCAGAGGAAGUUUGCUGAUAUAGAAGCUGCCAACCAUCGCCUGGCCUCUGCCCUGUAUUUCAAAGUUGACGAGAAGAAGUCGGACACCCCUGACGCAGCCCCCCACCCUUUAGAUAUGAACCCAGCUGUGGAAAAAAGUACAACAGAUGCAGAAAUAUUGUUAAAAUCCAAAGACUGCCUCACUGAUUCAUGUAAUUCACCAAUAGGAAGGAAAGCACACCCAGAUCCAACUAAUGGGGGUAAAGAUUUGAGAGGGAGCGGUGGCAUCGAAGCGUAUUUGGAUAGUUUUUCUGACGCACAAUGUAGUGAAGAUGUUGAAGAUUUUUUCAAUGAGAGAUGGCAAGGAAUCGCCCAGUCUUUUGCCAUCCCCUCUCAAGACAUCCCGAGGUUUUCAAUCCCAACGCCUCCGUACGAGGGUGACUGGCUCUUCACAGACAUCCUCACAGAUAACACCACAUUCUGUAAUUGA